AUCGAGAAGUAACUGAACACUCCUUCGUCUUUGUGUAACUGAUCCUCUCUCUCCGUCUCACGCCCCCGCGCCCGAAGUUCCCCCAAUGCCGCCGCCACCGCCGCCGCCGACCUCGCUCUCGCCAUCCUACCCCACGCCUGCAACCGCAUCAUCCCCAACCCCGCGCCAGAUCGCCGCCCUCGUGCUUAACUACCCGUCGUCCAACCUCACCACCGCAUCGGCCCGCUCCCUCUCGGCGUCCCUCCUCGCCGUCGCCCCGGCCCUCCCGACGCCCGUGGCCAACCGCGUCCUCAAGCUCCUCUGGCACCACGCGCCGCGCGCGCUCCUCUUCUUCCACUCGCUCCUCCACCUCCCCGCCCGCGCGCACGCCGUCUCCCCCUGCACCAUCGACCUCGCACUCGACCUCUCCGCGCGCCUCCGCCACCCCCGCCAGCUCACCAACUCCAUCCUCGCGCUCUUCCCGCGCCUCCGCCUGCCCUUCACCCCGCGCACUUUCCCCAUCCUCUUCGAGCGCUUCGCGGCGUCGCAGCGCCGGCCCGACAUCGCCGUCCGCCUCUUCCUCUCGCUCCACCGCUCCCACCGCGUCGUGCAGGAUCUCCCCCUCUUCAACUCCCUCCUCGACGCGCUCGGGAAGUCGCGCCAUGCCAGCAAGGCCGCCUCCCUCGUCCGCGCUCUCGAGCGGCGCUUCCCCCCGGACGUUGUCACGUACAACACCCUCGCUGACGGAUGGUGCCGCGUCAAGGACACGUCCCGCGCGCUCGACUUGCUGCGGCAGAUGGCCGAGUCCGGCAUCACGCCCACGAAGACAACCUAUAAUAUCAUCCUCAAAGGCUUCUUCCGUGCUGGGCAGAUACAGCACGCAUGGAACUUCUUCCUCCAAAUGAAGAAGAGGGGGGCCAAGGACGAGAGCUGUAAGCCGGACAUCAUAUCGUACACUACCAUCAUUCAUGGGCUGGGUGUUGCUGGGCAGCUAGACAAAGCUCGCAAACUGUUCGAUGAAAUGUCUAAAGAAGGUUGCACGCCGUCAGUGGCAACUUACAAUGCGCUUAUCCAGGUGAUAUGUAAGAAGGGAAAUGUGGAGGAUGCAGUCACAGUGUUUGAUGAUAUGGUUCGACAGGAUUACGUCCCAAAUGUGGUCACCUAUACCGUCUUGAUUCGAGGUCUCUGCCAUGCUGGGAAAAUUGACCGGGCUAUGAAGCUCAUGGAGAGAAUGAAAGAUGAAGGCUGUGAGCCAGUCGUUCAGACAUACAAUGUUCUAAUAAGAUAUUCAUUUGAGGAAGGGGAGAUCGAGAAGGCCUUGUGUUUGUUUGAGAGGAUGAGUAAAGGAGAGGACUGCCUGCCUAACCAAGAUACAUACAAUAUCAUAAUAAGUGCAAUGUUUGUGCGCAAGAGGGCUGAGGACAUGGCAACAGCGGCGAGGAUGGUAAUGGAGAUGGUGGAGAGAGGCUACUUGCCUAGAAGGUUCAUGCUCAACCGUGUUCUGAAUGGGUUGAUGUUGACAGGGAAUCAGCAAAUUUCUAGAGAUCUGUUGAGAAUGCAAGAGAAAUAUAGACGCCUGCGACGAGAAAUAAGAUUGUGAUUGCCAUUUGAGUUCUACAAUGGCAUAAGGAUACAAUGUUUUGCGCAUCUUGAGGCUUGGGUACAGAAGUAUGGUGCAACCCUCGUGCCUAGCAGUUCAUACUUGAUACUCCUGUGGUGGUGUUAUGAUCAGUCUGAUGUUUCAGGGACACUUGAUUAUUGGUUUUGCGGGUGCUGGAUAUCUAGCAAAGCAGUGUUGUCUUUAUUAACCUGACUGUGUGAGCGAACAUACUGCCAGACGCCAAGAAGUCUGGUUGGAUGUUCGCGUUGUACCACAAGAAAGAGGGCAAGCCACUGAAGAUGCUCAAUUGUUGGUGCAAGUCUGAUCCUGGAUUUAUCUUUCACAACAUAAUACUUUAUCUCUAUUGUUUCGGCAGCAUUACUCGACUUGUUGUUGUGAGCAUAGAAUACUGCGGGCUGGUUGUCACAAUACAUCUUUAGUGGUUUGUCAAUACAAUCUACCACUUUCAAGUCAGGUAUAAAUUUCUUUAACCAUAUCGCCUGCCCCGUGGCCUCAUAACAUGCUAUAAAUUCUGCAUACAUCAUGGACGAUGCAACUAUUGACUGUUUGGAGCUUUUCCACGAAAUAGCCCCUCCAGCGAGAGUGAACAUGUAUCUUGACGUGGAUUUUCUAUCAUCUUUGUCUACCGCAAAAUCUGCGUCUGAAUACCCUCUUAUCUCUAGGGAAUCAGAUCUCCUGUAUGUUAGCAUGUGGUCCUUCAUGCCUCGCGCAUAAUGCAAUGCUUUCUUUACCAUCUUCCAGUGCUCUGUGCCUGGAUUCUCUUGAUAUCUACCGAGUAGCCCGGUGAUAAAAGCUAAGUCAGGGCGAGUGCACACGUGUGCAUACUGUAAACUUCAAACAGCCGAAGCAUAUGGUACUGCUUUCAUUUGA